AUGGAAAACAAACUACUUUGUUGGUGGUUGUACUGGCCAUGCGUGUAUUCAUCUAUUAUAGCUACCAUAAUAUCUUUUUACACCAUAACUAGACACUUAUUAAAUUACCGUAAACCAUAUGAACAAAGACUAUCCAUACGGAUACUAUUGCUCGUGCCCAUUUUUAGUGUGUCAUGCGCAAGUGGCAUAAUUAAGCCUGAAGCAGCUCAAUUUUAUGUCGAUCCUAUCAGAGAAUUUUAUGAAGCAUUCGUUAUUUACACUUUUUUCACAUUUUUAACACUACUACUAGGAGGCGAGAGGAACAUCAUUACUGUUUUAAGCUUAAAUCACGCCCCCACAAGACAUCCGAUACCGCUAAUAGGUAAAAUUUGCAAACCGAUAGACUUAUCUGAUCCUUUUGAUUUUCUUUUUGUCAAAAAAGGCAUAUUACAGUAUGUUUGGUUCAAACCAUUUUAUUGUUUUGGUACAUUGAUAUGCAGUGCAUGGAAGCUACCCAAAUUCGAAAUAUUUUUGAACGUUUUUUAUAAUAUUUCAGUGACUUGGUCACUGUAUAGUUUAGCACUAUUUUGGAAGUGUCUCUAUCCGGAAUUAACUCCUUAUAAACCAUGGUUGAAAUUUUUAUGUGUCAAAUUGAUUAUUUUUGCCUCUUAUUGGCAGAGCAUCAUAAUCCAGGGUCUAGUGGUUACUGGAAAGUUGGGUACGGGAAACCAAGAUCGAACCUCUGGAUAUGUGUACAAGAAUGGGCUCCUGUGUAUAGAGAUGGUGCCUUUCGCCAUCUUGCAUGCAGUAGCUUUCCCUUGGAACAAAUACACAGCAUUUAGCAUACCUUAUGGGGCCAGGAUGAAAUUCAUUUACGCUUUGAAAGAUUUUCUUGGUUGCGGUGAUCUAAUAUGGGAUUUUAAACAGACUUUGUUUGCUGGUCCCUUGUACUAUAAUUAUAGGAACUUCGAUCCUGAAGCCAUGGAUCUAUUAAGCACUAGACAACAAUCCGGUGCGACUAUGGAAAGACUAAAGCAUGGGCUAAGAUUUACUGAUAAUGGAAGAAAUAGUUAUUGGGUGGCAUAUGGGAGUAUAGAUAACAACCUUGUUCCGGAAUCAAUAGAGGAAUCAUGGGAAGAUGAUAUUGCUGGUCAGAGAACUUUUCCUGAGGAUCCAAAUUAUCCGGUUGUUCACGACUACACGAUGGGCCAUCGAUAUAGUAGAUCAAUGAAUGAUUUAAGAAGAGAUGUUCAAAGUAGGUCAUCAAUGGCUUGUUAA